GCAGCCACAACGGAUCAAGAUAUUCGUGGGCGAACAAGUUCGACGAUGAGAUUUGCAAAGCUCCAGGUGUUGCUGUUGGCAUUGAUCGUGUUGUGCAGUUAUGUGGUGAUCGCAUCAGACAAAACGUGCUUCGAGUUGCCGAUCGUGAUUGUGUCACCGACCAAAGUGAAGUUACCAACCGAGACCUGUAACCAACCUCGCCUGCCCGCACGUGACUGCAUGAAGGACCCCGUCGAGGCUAAGAUCGAAGUUAUUGACAACGUCAACGGCACGCUCAACUGCUUGGAAGGCAACCGAACCGCGGUGUAUCCCGCUAGCGUUCACUACCGCGGGCAAUCUAGUCUCCAUUUUGCGAAGCACCAGCUUGCGGUUGACCUGAAUGAAGCAAGUGAGCUGCUCGGAUUUCCAGCGGAUCGGACUUUCGUGCUGAAUGGUCCAACAAUUGAUGCGAGUUUGAUGCGCAACCAUCUAGCUCACUGGAUGUUCCGCGGCACGGAUCGAUAUUCACCUCGAACCCGUCAUCUUGUGGUAUUUGUUCGUGACAGACUUGACACUGUCGACUGGAGCCCACGGUACCAAGGCAUCUACUUGGCUUUGGAAAAGAUCGCGUACACCCCGAAUCGUGUUGGACUGACUCAACUGAACAGCGCUUGCAAGACGAAUGAGGAGCUUUCUGGAGGUUGGGCAUGGCAAAACAACCCACUGACAUACGGUGACUACUCGCCCAACCUCGUGUUGAACGAAGCGACGGGGCUUUUUGGCGCUGGUGAGAGGCCAAUCCUGACAUUCCCCGAACCAAAAGUCCUCACGCAAAGAAUGCGCGAUUACUUUGUGUCGCCUGAGACCGGACCGCUCCCCCGUUUGUACCAGUAUCUUCACGAUAAUAUGACCAACCCGGACGGACUACAGGAGCAUAUCGACAUUGGCUCGUUCGUAGACUACUUCCUGCAUUCGGAGUUCUCGAUGAAUUCGGAUGCUUAUCGCCGUAGCACAUUCUUCUUCAAGGACCGCGACCAACCUAUAAAUGCUGGCCCUGUCUGGGAUUUCAAUUUGGCUUACGGAAAAGGUGGCAUCAAGACGACUUGGCUGUACACGAUUCAUUCGUUCUGGAAGCGUCUCACGUGCAACUACAAAUUCGCUUCCCUCGUUCAACAGAGGUGGGUCCAGCUGCGUUCGACAACGUGGAGUGACGAGUCCAUUACUUCAUUCAUCCACUCUAGCGCUGAGCCUAUUCAGCGUCAGUUGAAGAAAUGUGUCGAAUGGAAGAGCGACAACCUGCAGUGCGCGUUUGUUUACGCCAAAAAGGUCAAGGGAAGUUACGACGAUCAGGUCAACAUACUCAUCAACGCGGUUCUGGGGCGUGCGAAAUGGAUGGACUCGAGUGUUGCCAAAUUCUACAAGACACUUGACCACGAUGUCUGUGCUGCCGCCGGUGAACUUCCAGCCUACAACUGCGCAGCGAAUGGGAAUGAUAAAGGCUGUCUCGCAAACCCUGGAAGCUACAGCAAUGCUGUCGAGUUUCCGAAGCCUCGCAAGGCUUUUACUGUAAAAGCCUGCGAUGCGUAUAAGGCUUCCAACACCAGCAUGGACAUGCCGUCGAUUGACCCGUGCUGGUUGUCAGCGGGAGUUUACAUGUCGGAUGGCUCGAUUACACCGUUCUGCUCGGGCUACGGGUUUUGCUCUGCAGGACCGGGUGCGAAGUGUACGUGCAACAAGGGCCACCGGCCACCAACUUGUGCUCGCAAAGGCGAAAUCAUUCCGCCUAGUGGUGGAUAUCCAGACAAUAGCAUGUCUGCUCAGAAAUCACCACUGGACGAGUCUUCAGGUGGACUUUCGAGUCACGAAAUGUACGUGCACUAUCCGCUAUUCUUCCUAUGUGCGCUUUCGGCAAUGGCGUUGGGUGUCGCUAUUGCAAUCCGGCAGCGCCGUCGUCAGCACUACAGGCCGCUGCUCUACGGCACGUCGUAA